AUGGUGAAGAAAGGUCGUGCCCAGCGGCAGCAAGAGAGCAGCCAGAGUCGCAGCCGAGUGCGCCGCGAGUCCAAGAGCAAGUCAGGCGAUCGGCUGGACAACGCUGACCUACUCUCCAGCAUGAGGAAGCGCAUCGGCGACUCCCAGAAGACCAUCAUUGACAAACUGGACACGUCGGUGGCGAACAUCAACAACCAGAUUGCAGAUCACGACAUCAUCCUGAACUCCAUUCAGCGGGACAUGCUCAGUCACCAGGAGCAGAUCAAGAAACAGAACCGAACCAUCGCAGAGCUCUCCAGCCAGGAGAUCAAGGGCGCGACGCACGUCGUCGCUCGUCGCGCCAAGGAGAUGCGGUGGUCCGACCGCGCUGGCUCUGACCUGCCCCAUGCGGGCCUGAUGCGCCAGUCCCUGCAGGCUCGCGAGACCUCUGCUCGCGCGGAAGCGGUCGGUUCGAAUGGGGAUGCGCGCGUUGCUCGGCAAGUCGCCCGCAUUUGGCGCAUGCCGCUUGCCUGGAAGCGCUCGGGCAGGCAGAAUUUCCCCCGGCAGGUGACAGAUGUGGACGGAGUGCGCCUGUAUGCGCUGCGCCGCGAGCUGGUUGAGAGCCAGAGCAUGCCCGCGGACUUUCGCGCGAGCGCGGCCGCCUUCCCCCCGAACGGCCAGCCCUUCGAAGGAGAAGUUGUGGCGCGUAUUCCUGGGGGCACUAGGCCUCUCCCCCUUUCUAACGCGGACACCAAACUGUCGAGCGCAAGUAUUGCUUGGCCGCUGUCGCAGAUUACCAAUGACAUGGUCCAGGGCCCCCAAAAGGGCGCCCUUACAGGUCGCCAGAUGAUAGACAACAUCAUCGGGUUAUACGCCAACCUUGUCAUUGCUAACUCCCUCUGUGACCAGAAGCGAGCAGGCUCGGCCCUGUUCGACCUAAAGGCCGCGUUCCCCAGCAUCAUGCACGAGUAUACUUGGAUUGUGUUCCAUAGCUACGGCGCCCUUGAGUCGCAUGAGGAGGCGAGCAACCGAGACGAGAUUCUCGAGCAUGCACGACUGCUGCGCAAGUUCGGCCUCGACGGCAGCGAGGGCGCAGGCGGCCCCGCCGAUGCCGAUGCCGCGGCGGCCGAGCGGGGCGCGCCCUGGGAGGCCCCGAGCGGCGGCGGCUGCCCGGCACGGGCCCCGCUGCGCCCCAGCGGCGGAGGCCUCCGCGCCGCCGCGGCUGGCGGAUUUCAUCGUGGUGCGGGCUGCGCUGCGCAAGGCCGAGGCAGCCGCUGGCGAGCUCGACAGCCCGCUGCUGUGCGAGCUGCUCGACGUGCCGGGCGCGGAGGAGGUGCGCCAGCGCGCGGCACCGGCGGCGGGCGGGGCGCCCGGGCUGCCCGAGGACCUGCAGGUCAUCGACGCGUCCACCCAUCCGGCCAUCUGCGAGCAGCUGCGCGCGUUCCUGGCCGACGUGCCGUCGGACCUCGAGGACCAAGACGCGGGCUGCAGCGGACCGAGUUCGAACAGAUGACUAGUCCCCUGGAAGAUCGCUGGAGGCCCAAGAACUAG